AUGUCAAGUCCCUGGGAGACACCUGUCGUGCUGGUCAAAAAGAAAGACCGCCACCUCAACGGCAUCACGAAGAAGGACGUCUACCCACUACCCCUCGAUAAGCGCGACGCUGGCGAAGCGCUUUUGCGGGAGCAGCUCAAUGUUCUUAUCCUGGGACUUGACGCUACGUCACAGCUCAACUUCAACCGGCGAAUAUCCAGGACUCGUCGGUUUCUGGUCUACGAACGUGGCGCCUACGAGUUCCUCAUGUGCAACAAAGUCGGCCUCAGCUUGGUCACAUACGUGAUGCCACUGCUUAUGGGCGUGUCGGGCCAAGACGUGAUGCGCCUGUUCAGGGGAAGUUACCAUGACAGUGUACCGGCCAUCUGGAAGGUGUGCAAGUCGCUCGGAUACGCGACAUUGUAUAUCGAAGAAAUGCCUAACUGGGCCGCUUUCACUGGCCCCCACGGCUUCAAAAAGGCGCCGACCGAUUGCUACGCGCAUACCAUAAUGCUCCAGAUGCAUUAUUAUACCUCGGACGACAGAUUGUGCAUGGGCCGCAGGCUGAAGACGAAGGAAGUGCUGGGGGUCCAGCAAGGGGCGUUCUUGGACGCGCCGAUGGAGCAGUUUUUCAGGGACCUCUCGGCCAGCAGUGUCAUGGACACUACAGCCGUGCUCUUCCUCAGCGAUCACGGCAUGUGCCAGGAGAACUUUCGCAUGACAGAGAUAUGCCGGCACGAAGACAAUACGCCUUUCGGCCUAUGUGUCUUCCCUCGCCGCUUUCUCAGUAAACACUCCGAAGUGGCAGCGUUGCUGGAGGUUAACCCGUGCCGUCUGGUGACCACGUACGACUUUCACGCGACGCUCCUGAGUCUCCCCGCUCUACGAGGAGUAAGGGCGCACCCGUCGACCACGGGCGUACGCCUGUUCAGUGCGGAGAAGAAGCUCGACGACGCGUCGUUAGGCCAGUCCUUUGCGCUGUUCGCCGUCGCUCAUUUGAACGCUCUGGCCGAGGCCCACAUUCCUGGCAAGUGUGCCAUGUCGCGUCUGGACCAAGUUGAUCAAGCCACUAUUUUCGGAGGCAACGUGACAGACAAGAUGUUGAUUCACGUUUCACUUAAGACACUGCCCGAAGGCCAUUUCGACGUCUACGGUGACAUUCUCAAGUCCUCGUCCUUCGAGUACCACGUUGAUAUAAUCGACAGCACAGACAUUUACGUGAACAAGACCGCUUCUCUGAAGUGGAGCUCUUGGCAGAAAGUUUGCAACUGCAAAGACCGGGCGUGA